ACGGGGCGGGGCGGGGCGGGAGCCGCGAAAUGGCGGCGCGGAGGCGGGCGAGCUGGUAGCCCCGGCCGGUAGCCACAGCCCAUGUGCGGCCGCGCCUCCGCCCCGGGGCUGCCACUGCACUUUUCCCCGGCGGCAGCAUGGCACAGGGAGGCGAGGAGGGGUCCGGCAGGAAGGUGGCUCUCAUCACCGGCAUCACCGGGCAGGAUGGAUCGUACUUGGCUGAGUUCCUGCUGGAAAAAGGCUACGAGGUGCAUGGAAUCGUUCGUCGAUCCAGUUCCUUUAAUACAGGCCGGAUUGAACAUCUCUAUAAGAAUCCGCAGGCUCACACUGAAGGAAACAUGAAGCUGCACUAUGGUGACCUCACGGACAGCACCUGCCUGGUGAAGAUCAUUAAUGAAGUCAAACCCACUGAGAUAUACAACCUGGGAGCUCAGAGCCAUGUUAAGAUUUCAUUUGACCUAGCAGAAUAUACUGCUGACGUUGAUGGAGUUGGCACUUUACGGCUCCUGGAUGCUAUUAAGACCUGUGGCCUUAUCAACUCUGUGAAGUUCUACCAAGCCUCCACUAGUGAACUUUUUGGAAAAGUGCAAGAAAUCCCGCAGAAGGAGACCACCCCUUUUUACCCAAGAUCGCCUUAUGGGGCAGCAAAACUGUAUGCCUACUGGAUUGUGGUGAACUUCCGAGAGGCCUACAAUCUCUUUGCUGUGAAUGGCAUUCUCUUCAAUCAUGAAAGUCCCAGGAGAGGAGCUAACUUCGUUACUCGAAAAAUUAGCCGAUCGGUGGCAAAGAUUCACCUUGGACAGCUGGAUUGUUUCAGCCUGGGUAAUCUAGAUGCUAAGAGAGACUGGGGCCAUGCCAGGGACUACGUUGAGGCCAUGUGGCUGAUGCUGCAAACAGAUGAGCCAGAGGACUUCGUCAUAGCCACUGGGGAGGUCCACAGCGUCCGUGAAUUUGUGGAGAAGUCAUUUAAGCACAUUGGGAAAACCAUUGUGUGGGAAGGGAAGAAUGAAAAUGAAGUAGGGCGAUGCAAAGAGACUGGCAAGAUUCAUGUGACAGUCAAUCACAAGUACUACAGGCCAACUGAAGUGUCAGUGAUCCCUGGGGUCAAGGCCUCCCAUUGAAAAGCUUAGCUGUACUGAAGAAGAAACCUUGAAAUGUGAGACUGUCUGCUGGUCAAACUAAGUAGACUCUUUGAAUGCCUUGACUCUAAAUCUCUUCACUCUGCUUUUUGACUGCUUUGGGGCCCCCUGAUAUUUACUGGCCUUGGGAAUUGUUUCUGCUAAUGCUUCUAAUGCCUGUCUCUCUCCUUCAAU